GCGGUGACGUCAUAUCACAAGGAGUCUAUAUAUAGUUUGCAUCUCCACCAGCAGUUCCAGUUCAGUGUUUUUUUGACCUGUGGAUAUCAGGGGGGACGAUUUGACAGCCGCUGUCACUAAGCCUGAAGGAGGACACCCGGUGUGUGUUGGUCUUUGGUGGAGACUUUUCUGAUUGUUGCGAGGGGUUGCCUAUAGUUUUGCGCCAUCAUGUGUUCUGGUAGCUGUGCCAAGUGCCUGGGUAUCACUCUGAUCCCCCUGGCCAUUCUCUGCCUGCUCUGCAACAUCAUGCUCUUCUUCCCUGGAGGUUACGUUGCCGAUAACAACGAGCACAUCUCAGAUGAGGUGUGGUACAUGGGAGGAAUCAUUGGCUCUGGCGCAUUGAUGAUUUUCCCUGCUCUGGUGUUCUUGGGUCUGAAAAACAAUGACUGCUGUGGCUGCUGUGGAAAUGAGAGUUGCGGCAAGAGGUUUGCGAUGUUCACCUCCAUAAUCUUUGCUGCGAUCGGCGUGUUGGGAGCUGGAUAUUCCAUUGUUGUAUCUUGUGUUGCUAUCAACCGUGGACCUCUGUGCCAGCAGCUUGACAACACCUGGGGUUAUCCUUUAGUUGGCGGAGAGUAUGUGACCAACCAUACUUCUUGGGACUUGUGUGUGGCUCCGGAGCGAGUGGUGCCGUGGCAUGUGACUCUGUUCUGCAUGAUCCUGGUCAUGAGCCUGGUGCAGGUGGCUCUGUGUGCCUUCCAGGCCAUCAACGGCCUCAUCGGGACCAUCUGUGGAGACUGCUGCGGAUGCUGCGGGAGUGAUGACAGUGCCUAAGGGAGCGUCCGAGGAGACUAAAGGAGUGUCGGUCGUAGGAUUGAAUUGUACUUGUCUAUUUAUGGUGUUUUAUUUGUGUCUUUUGAACUUUUUUGUAACUGAGUCCAAACUUUUGCCUGAUGGUGAAUCUGAUGAUGGCAAAAAAACAAAGACAAAAGUCUGGGCACUGGCUCGUAAAUAUUUAUUUUUGCACAUUUAAAUAGCUUUGCCUUCAAAAGCUGCGGAGCUUAUCAUUUUUACAGAACUCGUAAAGAUUGUGAUUUCCCUUCUCUUAAUCACAAACCUUUCACUUUGUAACCUUGCUUGUCAUUCAUGUUUUGUAGAGCAAUACAUGUUGUCAAUUUUUUUUGUUGCUUCAAAACCUGAACGUUAUGAGGGAAACAGUAUUGUUAUUUGCUGUUGUUAUUUCAUGAUCAAAUGUUAUCCAGCUCUUUUUCGUCGAAGUGACCCUGUUUUACGAAUUGUGUACUCUUAAAAUUCUUUCUCGAGAACUUGUGUGGUUUCCUUGAAUAUCUUGUCUUACCUACUCUUUUCAAAGUAAAUUCAGCAUAGGACCCUCAUUUGUAUUUGUAAAUGAAUGUAGCUUCAUUUGCAUAUUUACUUCUUCUAUUCCGUCUGAAUUUCCCUGGAGGCCCUUAUGUAACUUUAUUACUUCAUCUCACGCUGUUCUCAUUAAUAGACAGACGUUGUUUGCUUCCCUACUUUGAGUAAACUUUGAAUGUUUCCCCAAGCUGUUCCUGUGCUGCUUUUGUCCCCUGAAGUUUAUGGCGGCCAUUUACAGUCCAGUUAUGUUCAGGUUUAUGACAGGCCAAUGGAUGGUUAGCUAUAUUUUAACUCUUUGGCAUUUACAAAGGGCUCAGCUGCACAGCACCAACUCUCUCAUCACAAGGGAACAUCAAAUGACCUGAUCCGGGAAGGGGACAACUGAUAGUCUAUACAGUAGCUUCACUAUUUGUAUUGUUUAGUGACUUUUGACUGAGUGAGUUUUGACUUAGACUAACAGAGAAAGUCUUAACUUAUGUAAUGUAAAUUACAUAUAUGCAUUGUAGAGAUUUCUGUGUUUACUGUAAAACUUGCAGGGAAAUAUGCAUUUGUGAACCACUCACAAGAGCGGUUUCCGCAAAGGAAUCCAUAAAAUGUGAGCCUGAUUACUUUGCUGAUUUGUUGUUUUUGUUGG